UGCACUCUCAUUCCACUAGUGUUGGCACGACGUCAGAUGCUGUGCGGCAGUGCAGCAGGAGGAGCUCGGACUGGCAGCGCAGCCCGGACCGCCGCUCGGUCACGCUGGAUCUGCGCCCUCUCACACUCUUCCAUCUCUGCCUUUGUCUUUCAGUAAAUGGAUAUUUUCAAGCUGUUCCCUGCCUAACAUGGAUGCCCCGCCACCACCUCCAGCAUCAUCUUCCUCAGCUGAGUCCGAAGGUUGUUUCUUCUUGGCGCAGUGAGCUGGACACGGUGUAAUUUUUUUCAUGUCUUUUGCCAAAUGGAUGUGGGGAAAGCGUUACUCAGCCCACCGGUGAAGAUCAUGCCGUGAUCCUGCUGCUGUCCGAAUACACAUUACAGGGGUUAAAGAGAGAGAGAGAGAAAUUCGGGGAAUAUACCGAUUCAGGGAUUAAAAAUCCUGUGCACCACACAAGCACCAUGAAGAUCACCUCCCUGCUGAUAUUCAGGUGCACCGUCAGGCUUCUACUGCUGCUCUUACUCUGUGUGGGAUGUUCUCACGCGAUGCCACACGUCCUGAGAUUUGGUGGAAUAUUUGAAUCGGUUGAAAGCGGCCCAUCCGGUGCUGAGGAACUAGCCUUUAAAUUUGCUUUAAACACAAUCAACAGGAACAGAACCCUACUGCCGAACACCACACUCACCUACGACAUCCAAAGGAUAAACAUCUAUGACAGCUUCGAGGCCUCCAGGAAAGCCUGUGACCAGCUGUCUCUUGGGGUGGCUGCCAUUUUUGGUCCAUCUCACAGCUCCUCUGCCAAUGCAGUCCAGUCCAUUUGCAAUGCUUUGGGGGUCCCACACAUCCAGACGAAGUGGAAGCACCAAGUAUCGGACAACAGAGACGUCUUCUAUGUGAGCCUCUACCCGGACUUCUCCUCCUUGAGCCGGGCCAUCCUAGAUCUGGUCCAUUUCUUCAAGUGGAAAACGGUCACUGUGGUUUACGAUGACAGUACUGGUCUAAUUCGGUUGCAAGAACUCAUCAAAGCACCGUCCCGGUACAACAUCCGUUUAAAGAUCCGGCAGCUGCCUGCUGACACCAAGGACGCCAAGCCGCUUCUGAAGGAGAUGAAAAGGGGAAAAGAGUUUCACAUCAUCUUUGACUGUGGCCAUGAAAUGGCUGCUGGGAUCCUUAAGCAGGCUCUUGCCAUGGGGAUGAUGACAGAGUAUUACCACUACAUCUUCACCACACUGGAUCUGUUUGCUCUGGAUGUGGAGCCUUACCGGUACAGUGGUGUGAACAUGACGGGCUUCAGGAUCCUCAACACGGAGAACAGCCAAGUGGCCUCCAUCAUUGAGAAAUGGUCCAUGGAGAGACUGCAGGCUCCACCAAAACCUGACUCUGGUCUACUGGACGGCUUCAUGACUACGGACGCUGCUCUGAUGUACGAUGCUGUGCACGUGGUGGCCGUGGCUGUGCAGCAGUCCCAGCAGAUCACUGUCAGCUCAUUACAGUGCAACCGACACAAGCCGUGGCGCUUCGGGAACCGCUUCAUGGCCCUCAUCAAAGAGGCUCACUGGGACGGCCUGACUGGGAGAAUCUCUUUCAACAGGACCAAUGGCCUAAGAACAGACUUCGACCUGGAUGUCAUUAGUCUGAAGGAGGAGGGACUAGAGAAGAUUGGAACCUGGGACCCACCCAGUGGCCUGAAUAUGACAGACAACCAGAGGGGGAAGACAACGAAUGUCUCUGAUUCACUGUCCAAUCGAUCCCUGAUCGUCUCCACCAUACUGGAAGAGCCAUAUGUGAUGUUCAAGAAGUCUGACAAGCCGCUUUAUGGGAACGACCGCUUUGAAGGCUACUGCAUAGACCUGCUGAGGGAGCUGGCUAUCAUCCUGGGCUUCACAUAUGAGAUCCGUCUGGUGGAAGACGGAAAAUACGGCGCCCAAGAUGAGAACACGGGCCAGUGGAAUGGCAUGGUCAAGGAGCUGAUGGACCACAGAGCUGAUCUGGCAGUGGCUCCCCUGGCCAUCACAUAUGUGCGUGAGAAGGUUAUCGACUUUUCCAAGCCCUUCAUGACGCUGGGUAUAAGUAUACUGUACCGCAAGCCCAACGGGACCAACCCUGGGGUCUUCUCCUUCCUCAACCCCCUCUCACCUGAUAUCUGGAUGUAUAUUCUGCUGGCUUACUUGGGUGUCAGUUGUGUGCUGUUUGUCAUAGCCAGGUUUAGUCCCUACGAGUGGUAUAACCCCCAUCCUUGCAACCCUGACUCGGAUGUAGUGGAAAACAAUUUCACCCUGCUUAAUAGUUUCUGGUUCGGAGUUGGAGCUCUCAUGCAGCAAGGAUCUGAGCUUAUGCCGAAAGCCCUCUCCACCAGAAUUGUAGGAGGAAUCUGGUGGUUCUUCACCCUUAUCAUCAUCUCCUCCUACACGGCAAACCUGGCAGCCUUCCUCACGGUGGAGAGGAUGGAGUCUCCCAUCGAUUCUGCGGACGAUCUGGCCAAGCAGACCAAGAUAGAGUACGGAGUGGUGGAGGACGGCUCCACUAUGACCUUCUUCAAAAAAACCAAGAUUUCCACGUAUGAUAAGAUGUGGGAGUUCAUGAGCAGUCGGAGGCACUCAGUGAUGGUGAAGAAUGUAGAGGAAGGCAUUCACCGUGCGCUCACCUCAGACUACGCAUUCCUCAUGGAGUCCACCACCAUUGAGUUUGUAACACAGCGCAACUGCAACCUCACACAGAUUGGAGGUCUUAUUGACUCAAAAGCCUACGGUGUCGGCACACCAAUGGGCUCUCCCUACAGAGAUAAGAUCACUAUCGCCAUCCUGCAGCUUCAAGAGGAAGGGAAGCUGCACAUGAUGAAAGAGAAAUGGUGGAGAGGAAACGGCUGUCCAGAGGAGGAGAAUAAGGAGGCCAGUGCCCUUGGGGUACAGAACAUCGGUGGGAUCUUCAUUGUCCUGGCAGCAGGACUUGUCCUGUCUGUGUUUGUGGCUGUGGGAGAAUUCCUUUACAAGUCCAAACAGAAUGCACAACUUGAAAAGGCCCAAUGGCGACAACGAGAUAAGAAACAGGUCCUUCUGCAGUGCCAUGGUAGAAGAACUGCGGGUUUCCCUCAAGUGCCAGCGCCGGCUCAAACACAAGCCCCAGCCGCCUGUCAUGGUGAAAACGGAGGAGGUCAUCAACAUGCACACCUUCAACGACCGAAGACUGCCAGGGAAAGAGACCAUGGCCUAAAGUGUGAAUCUCAGUCACGUUCUCACCUUCUUUCUUGUACUGAGGCGUGCAAAGACACUUGGGAAAAGGGUCUGGGUAAAUGGUGAAGGGGAGCAGUGGGUUGGAAUGGUUGGUAUGAGGGUUAUUUAAAAAGAUAGAGUAGGAAUGUUUAGCAGUAUAUUAAUGAAAUGUUUCUUUUUUCUUUAUAAUUAGCUAGGGAUAAGAGAUUCAACAAUAUUUCCUGUGGAAAUACCUUAAACCUGGGUGAAAUUUCAGCGAGUUACCUCAUUACUCUUACCACCUUGGCAAGGCAACCAGCGACAGGAUGUUCAAAACCCCUGAAUUGAAGAGUGACAGUGAUGGAAUUAAUUUGAAGUGCGAAAGAGGUGGUUGCUUUUAAAACAGGCAUAAAAGAAUUUGACCCACAAUCUUGCUCUCUCAGUCAGUGUUUCUCCACACAGCCCAGCUCAGAGGCUGGAGCACAUCAAACAUGAUGAGUGAACUGGGUGAAUGGGGAGGAAAGUAUGUACAGGAAUGUUUCUUUUGUUAUAAGUAGAAUUGCUGCAUGGGCUCAAAACUAAAUUUAACCCAACACUGAAUAAGAAUCUGAGCAGUGCUCCCCAAAUGUACAGAGAGGCAUUGCUGAAUCACAUCUGAUAUUGAUCGACUUCUAAAAUGGAUCUACUGUAUAUCAUCCAUCAGGCAAUAAGUGAUUUCAUUUAUUUGUGUUCAGAGUACUAACACUAGUCUUUAAUAAGGGGGUGGGGGAUUUUUAGAAGAUAUAUGGUGAAUUUAAAGCUGAAAAUGCAAAUCUAGGGGCAAUAUAUGUUUAUGUCCAUGUAUUAGUCAGCAGUCAGAGGAAGUUGUUUUUGGAGGUGCACACACCGUAGAUGAUUUCAGACAGCGAGGGGCGGCCAUUGCAGUUCACCAUUUUUCUUCUUUGUUAUAAGUCUGCUCAGAAUCUCCUCGUGACUCCGAUCAUAAAAACAGCCUGUUGUUAGCUGUUGGCAAAUAUUGAUCCAAUUCAUUGUCAUCAUACGGAAAUGUGGAGCACAUUUUAGCCUGAUGAUGAUAAUCUGAACUCACCACAAGAAAACAAUCAGCACCACAUAGUAUGGUCUGUUGUUGGCAGUUGAAGCGGAGUCCUGGGUGUGAAGCAGUACCUGUGAAACCCCUUCCUAUGUUGUCUAAAGCUUAUUACAUUCUCCACAACAGACAACUUUGUUCUUGUUUUUGAGGUGGCAAGAACAAGAACAAAAUCAUUAAUGACCUCGUUAUUUCAUACUUAACGAGAAACUUUGUCCAUGGUGGGCAGCAGCGGUAUCUGAGUCUUUAUCUGCCAUGUGUGUUCUUUAGAUUCUCAUACUUUCUCUUUGUGUCAACCUUCUGUUCAUAAUACUGCCCGUUCACUGUUGUUGAACUUUUUACUUCAUGCUUUUGCACAUUAACCACACCCACCUCAAAUUUCCAACACAAGACAAAAGUUUUGCUCAGCUGAUGUGUCGAGUACAAGGAGCAAGAGCUUCCAAACCAGGCUGCAAGAACAAAAUGACUUCAUUUUGUUCCUGCAGCCUCAAAAACAAAGUUUUCUGCUCUUGUGGAGGAUGUAACGGCCUUAAAGGCUCAUUUCUGCUCCCUUCACGGAUGUAAAUAGGUACAUCUAUUUCAAACGUCACUGCCCUCAUGCUUUGAUGUCCUUUACGUUGGCAUGCUUGUUAGAUAAUACCUCUAUUAGUCUGCAGGGCAGAGUUCAGGGUUCACUUCUGAGUUCUGACGUCACUUAGACAAGUAAACAUGGUGACAGAUGAUGAUAAUGUUCGGUCUCAGAAAGAGGUAGACUUUGUUCCUUUCGUUGCUCCCACAUCAGCUAUACUACUCACUAAUGGAUUGCUGCAUUCGGGGACACAGGUGACGGUGAAGGGCUCUUUACCAUAGGGUAUAGAUCGGACUGUAAUGUUUGGGGGUGGGGCAAAAGAUAUUUUUUUUAGAUGUGAUGUGGUCACGGAUUAUUCAGAAUCAAUGUACAGAUGUUAAAAAAAAAUCUGAUUUUAAUUGUUAUUUAAUCAAACAAAGCUGAGGAAUGCAAAAACAGCUGGAAACUAGGGAAGUGGAGCACCUGGACUGUUUGUGGCGUGGACAUAACAGACACGAUGGCUGAGUAUGAUAUCCGACCAGUACACUCUGCAUUAGAAUCUAGCAUAAGGAAGUACUUUGGCUUCUAUAGACAACUUCAUUUACUUGGAAAGUAAAGUUUGGUUGGCUCAGUGUGCCAACAAAGUCUGGUCUGCCUACAAAGGUAGGUCUCACUUUGCUUCAAGUGAAAUACAGGGAGUGGACUACAACGCAGGGCAUUGUGGGUAAGCGUAACCAAAACAUUUGUGCAUGUCAGAUGAUAGCCAGGAGAAAUGUCUCAUGGUCAGACAAGGAAAA